AUGGCUACAGCCAGAAGUCCUGCCAGCGCUCCAUUCGCAGAGAACCUGCCUACCCCGCCCGCCUCUUCUGCAGCGCCCUCACAGCACCCCUCGCCCCUGCCGCAGCCGCGGAAGCACCCCCUCAAGCCUGGUGGCCCCAGAGAAUCGGAUUUGAUCAGAUACCUGGAUCAUGGUAUCAACAGCAUUCAGAAGCGCGUGGAUAAUCGCAUGACCAACCGCAAGCUCAAGCCUGAGCCUGGCGAAGAGCAAGGAUAUAGCGCAUUCUGGGAGGUGGCACGCGACCUCGAUGGCUUGGUAGACGUCGUGUGGGUGUCGGCAUCUCCGAACCUCCAGAUUCCCUAUUUGCUCAACAUUGCCGUUCUAACCGCUGAAUUCCUUCCUCUGUUCACUUCAUCAACGCGCUCCACCCGGGCCACCUUUGGCCUCGUCUCAAAACUUGACUAUGCCUUCUCCUCACUACUGACUGGCCACGACCUUGCUACAGGCGAGCUGUUGCCUGGUUUUGAAAAUGGCCGAACAGUCACAACCACGGAUAAGGUCCGCUUGAAGGGCAUUGUAGAUCGCACCCGCCUGACUGUCGUCCGUGUUAUGAGUGGAGAAAGUGUCGUUGGGGACGAUCAAGACGUGGGCGAGGCGAUGGAUACAGACAACGAGCGAGAGGCCGAGCCGCGGGGCCACGAUGGAACGGUCACCUUUGAAGGCUUUGAAAAUAAUACUGACGACGAAGAAGAGGAUGAUGAGUGGGAGGAGCGUGGCAUAGCCACUAUCUAUGAAAAGACAAUAGGCGAGUUGGGCGACGUCCUCGGUGGCCCCCCAAUUGGUAUCAUCACAGACGACUGGGCUAGCAAAGGAGCAGAGCAGCAAAGAAGCGGCGGUGGCUUCGUAGAGUCUGACAUUGAUUUUGACUAA